AUGACACAACCGCAGAAGACGAUAGCCGUGGUCAACGCGGCCGGGCGACAAGCGGCGUCGCUGAUCCGCGUCGCAUCGGCCGUCGGCUAUGCGGUGCGCGCGCAAAUCCACUCCCUCAAGGGCCUCAUCGCCGAAGAACUUCAGACCCUCCCCAAUGUGACCCUCCUGCAAGGCCCGCUCCUGAACAACCCCGCGCUCAUGGAUGCCCUCUUCCAAGGCGCCAAUUACGCCUUCAUCAACACCGUCUCCCAAGCCGGCGACGAGGUCGCUAUCGGCCGCGCUCUCGCGGACGCCGCAAAGCGCGCGGGCUCCAUCUCCCAUUACAUUUACAGCAGCAUGCCCGAUCACUCCGUUCAUGGACCAUGGCCGGCGGUUCCGCAGUGGGCGCCCAAGUUUACUGUCGAGAAUUACGUGCGCCAGCUCGGUUUGCCGGCUACGUUUGUCUAUGCGGGUAUCUACAAUAAUAAUUUCACCAGUCUGCCCUACCCGCUGUUCCAAAUGGAGUUGCUGGAUGAUGGGAGUUUCGAGUGGCGGGCGCCGUUUGAUCCCGAGACGCCUUUGCCUUGGUUAGAUGCCGAGCACGACGUGGGACCGACGCUGUUGCAGAUUUUCAAGGAUGGGCCUAAGAAGUGGCACGGUCAUCGUAUCGCACUCACAUUCGAGACCCUCUCACCGAAUCAAGUCUGCGCCGCCUUCUCCCGUGCCCUGAAUCGACCCUGCCACUACGUUCACGUGCCCAAGAUCGAAAUCAAAGUCAAGAUUCCCCCCGGAUACCGGGAACAACUGGAGGCGCUGGAAUUGCUGUUCGGCGAGUGCGAAGCGCCGUACUUCCCCCAGCCCGAGUUCUCGCAACCCGCAGCGGGAUCGCCGAAGGGAUUGGGUCCGGCCGGUGGAAAGGGCGCAGGUGCGGGGAUGAUGCAAGGUCCCGGUGGAGUUGUUUCGUUGCGGGUGACGGACGAGGCGAGACAUUUGUGGCAGGGAUGGCGCGAUAUGGAGGAGUAUGCGCGUGAGGUAUUCCCCGUGGAAGAAGAGGCGAAUGGACUGGAUUGGAUGCUUUGA